AUGCCAACUGUAGGCUUCAGAUUGCCACUGACGCAACCCACGACAACAGACUCCAAGUCGUCGGACGUGCCGGCUGCCUGUGCCUCGAGGCUCGCACUGCUCCAGACCCAUUUGCGGUACACGGCCGACUCGGACUCUUCUAUGGGCCACGACGCGUACACGCGCAGCUCGGGCGGGCUGGGCCGCGCCAGCGGACUCAUCGUCGAGGACGACGUUGUCGGUGCCAUUGUCGGUGCCAUUGUCGGUGCCAUCGUCGGCGCCAUCGUCGUCACCGCCCAAGUCCGCCGCGGCCACGGCCGCCGCCACCUGUGCAGUCUCGUCGACAUAGUCGUCUUCGUCGUUUUCAAUCGAGAAAGGCACAGGCUCCUCCUUGGCGGGAGCACUACCGCUUUUCUCAGACAGCGCCACAAGCUUGUCGAGCGCCGUGAUGGCCGACUGCGGCACCAGGCUGAACCGCACCUUCCAGAACGCAUUGUUGAGCUGCCGGAUCUCCAUGCCGUCCACCGACGUCGCCCACGCCGUCCCCGUCCCGGACCGGUCCUCCCACUGCCGCGCCAGCUUGCGCGCGUGCGCCGCCAGCACAUGCGCCGUGGCCCGGCUCAGGUAGUCGAGCACGUCGCGCAGUGUGCCGUAGUUGUCGGCGGGCGGGAACGUAUCGAAAAGCGGGUUGCGGGCCGCCGGCGGAGCGGUCGUGCGGCAGCGCACGAGGAUGCGCACCUCUGGGUUGAUGGUGAACUCGAACGAAAACUCGCGCGGCGCCAGGAAUGUAUUGCACAAGCCUUCCGACGCGGACGGCGCCGCCUGGGCCGGCUGACCACCUUGUCCAGCCUGCCCAGCCUGCCCAGCCUGCCCAACCUGUCCAGGCCGCGGUGCAGCAGUCCCUGGUGGCGCAAUGCUCAUCGACAACGGCCGCUCAUAGAGGGUGAAGCGCGACCCUUCCAGUCCCAGACCGUGCAGGAUGCCGCACACAUCAGAGAGGUAGCCCGAGAUGUGCUGAAUGGCCUUUUCAUACUUGAGGUUGGCCACGAUCGGUCGCAGCAUAUAGUAGAUGGGCGGCUGGGGUUCCGUGUCGGUGAUGGGCUGUGGCGAGGACCGCUGCCGGUAGUGGUCGCGGUGGCCGUGCGCGAGGAACAGCUGCAGCGACGUGCAAAUGCCCGCCGCGAUGUCGUUGAGCUUGGGGUCGUGCGUUGCUUCGGCCUCCCGCUUCUUCUUCUCGGCGGCCGACGUGUGGGCCGACGUGUGGGCCGACGGCCGAUGGUACAGCGGCUCGAUGGUAAUGAUGCCCUCGGUGUCGGCGCCGGCCGGGAACACAAUCUCCGCGUCCCGGAACACGACCCCGUGCGAGAGCAUCAGGCGAGCCUCGCGAUUGAGCUCCCGCCACAGCUCCUUGGCGUUGACCGUGUUGCGUGCCUCGAGAAUGCGGUCCUCGAGCGACGCCGACUCCGCCAGUCGUGUUGCCAGCGGCGAGCGGCCGAUCUGAGCGGGACCCUGCGUCACGACAAUCGCCGACGGCGCACCCAACGCGCUCAGGUCGAGCGCCACCUGCCCGUUCUUGACCCGCCGCAGCGGCGCAAAACUGAGCGCGCGCAGGUCCGGCGCGGAUUCGCUGAAACCAAACUUGACGCGCAGCACGCGCCGCUGGCCCGGCAUGCGCGACAGGGUCCACCCUUUGUCGCGCACCGCCAGCACCUCAGACCAGUACCGUUCUUCGCGCCGCAUCUCGGUUCGCAGCCGCUUGCGGCCGGCUCUCAACACGUCGGACGCCCGGUCCAUGGCCAGCAGCUGCCACCCCACGCACUCCGUCUUGUGCUCAAUCAGCCGCUGCGCGUUGAAACGCGUCGUCUCGUCGAGCGCCUGCACCUCGGCCGCGGACAGACCCGAGGCGCCGCCGCGCCCACCCCCUCCCCCGCCGUUCUGGCUCUGCAAGGCACGCGCAGCCUGGGCGGCAUUGGCGAUGCGGCCGGCGCUCAGGGUGCCAAUGCCAGCUUUGUCGCGGACGAUGGGCGACAGGGUCUGCAGCGCCUGCGUCGGGCGGUCUUUGGACAGGAGGAGGGAGACAAAGUCGACGGCAAUCAAUCCGCUCUGCAGGGCGGCUCUGGAGGAUCAUUACCAUCGGACGGAGGUCAAACUCACUCCAACGACAUGAGGAUCUCGUCGCGCUUCGCGAGCAUCUCCUGGAUGCUUCGUGGCCGGUCGUGCGACGUGUCGCGUUUGGCGCCGUUCUUGUCGCUGCUCUUCCUUUUGGUCGUCACUGCCGUCUUCGUGGUGCCUCCCCCGUUCUUUUCUUCCUUCUCCUCCUCGGCCUUUUCUUUCUCAAUCUGCUUCUUCAGCUUCUCCUCCGACAAAUCGCGAAAGUCGAUCCCCUGGAACUUCAGCCGCUGCACAAACUCGCCAAUAUUGGUCGGCUGCUUCGACGGCAGCGGCCAUGGCCGGAAGACGGGGUCGCGAGUGCCAAACAGGGGCCCGGAGAUCGGAGGCGGUGGAGGCGGCGGUGGAGGCGGCGGUGGUGCCAGGGGUCCUCCAGAAGCCGAUGUUGAUGCCGAUGUUGAUGCCGAUGCUGUCGAGGCCGCAUCGGGUCGAGCUACCGGACGAGGCCUGUUGUCGGCCAUGGCGGGCGGGCGACGUUGUGUGCACGCUCACAGUCGGUAA